AUGCCCUCUCGAACAGCCAUGCCCUGCUCGAAUGUGUGGGCCGCCCAGCUUGGAAUCCCUUGCAACUCACCAGCGAAAGACGAAGGUGACAGAAAGCACCGCGGCGAAAAGGGCGGGAUAGGUGCGAUAAACCUCCGAGUGUUGGACCCCAUGUGUGGUGUCGGCACAUAUCUUUUUGCACUUCAGUGGGCUCUGGGCCGAAUGGCGCGUGGGACCACAGCUGAGAUGUGGGGAGUGGAUGCAGAGGCUGAGAGCCUUCGCCAUGCCUCUUCCAACGCCAAAGUGCAAGGAGGCUGCACUGUGGACUUUCUUCUGGGGUCCAACCGAUCGUUGCCCAUGACGGGCGAUGUGUUCGAUCUCAUCGUGGUGGACCCGCCCUGGGGCCAGCGCCACAGCAGGCAGAUCCGAACUGCUUCAACGAACAAUGUGCAACUGGAUGCUGUACCCAGCAGCGGCAGCAGCAGCUCAACUGCUCGCAUCUCUGCAUGCUUGGUGCAUGGCGGCGAGCAACUGAUCCAGGUUGAGAACCACUCUCCCGAGGGGGUGUUGGUGGCUGUACGCUUUCCUUGGCAGGGGAGCGAGGUGAACAAGGUCUUCACUGUGCCAAACGAGGCAGUGCUUCUGCUGCGGGCAUUUGAGAAAGGAGAGCUGGCCUUCAGAGUCACACGUGCGGACGGUGGUUCGGAGGCGGCGGUGGCGUUGGAGGGGCCAGCGUUGGAGGCCUUCAGGGCAGCGCACUGGCCGUGCCCCCAGGCUCCUGAGGUAGAGGUGGUGCCACCUGACGAGAGCCAUGUCAAGCGGCCCAGGACUGAAGAGGUUCCCACAGAAGCAGCCUCCAUCCCAGCCUCGUCCGAGACGGCCGUGAUCCAAGUGUCAGAUGCCCCGAUGUGCUUUGCCACUGGUUCUGGUGAAUGGGUGGACGCUGAUCCUACUGGUUGUGAUGGGGAAGAGGACCUUGACGAGUUGAUCGAGGUCUCAACUGCGCAGGACGUUGAGGUCAAGGACGAUGAGGCGCCUUCUCAUUGGACAGAGUUGCAGCUUCAGCUCUUUUGUGAGCUGCGAGACUUCCAGAUCCCGGCGGUGCGUGCGCGAAAGGCGAUUGAUGCAGACUGUGCGGAUGUGGAGGAGGCGAUCGCUUGGAUCGAACGGCAUCAAGAGGAUGAAGACAUUGAUGUCUCGCCCGAGAUGCUUCGAGCACGGGAGGAGGAAGAAGUGGCACUCGCCGUGCUCCGACUCUUGACGGUUCCUGCCUUGCACCGCCUUUCAUGUUUGCAAGGAGUGCACCGGGUAUUGCGGAAUAUCUUGGCAGACCCAGAAAGCAGCCGUGUGAGGCAAAUCCGCCUCCAGAACCCACGCUUCAGGGAGCGCAUCGGCCGCUUUCCCGCCGCCCUGGCGCUGCUCACGAAGAUUGGUUUCCAGAAGGGCGACUUCUGGACUUCGGCCUACGAGCGCCAGCCCUGCCUCGAGUGGCGCCACGCCGUGGGCUCGGCGAACGCCAUGUCUCAACGCAUGGAACGUGCUUUCUCGCUGCUGGACGAGGUGCUGCGGAAUCCGGAUGCCUGGAUCCCUGCCACUUGCGCAGCCAUGCCAGAGGUCAAAAGUGAUCUGGUUGACGUGAACGAAGACAGCAGCCUGGCCACUGACACCGCAAGAGAGCUUCUCGCCGAAGUCCAUGCGCGGCGGGCCAAGGACCCUCGAAAGUUCCAGCAGGCCAUGCGUGAUGCAGGUCGGCGUCCGAAUCCCUCUGUGUACCGCCUGGUGCCUCGAGCGCCCACAGCCCAGCGGCCCUUAGAAGAGCGUUUCCCUGGAAAGCGGGAGUUCAAUUUGCAGGACUUGGAGAAUAUGCGUGUAGAGGAAGCAAUCGGAAACAUGCCUUUGUAUGCCAAGGAGUAUGAAACCAGCUUGGGCCAGGCGUCAAGCUAUGGACAGCUGGUGAACCGGAGCUAUGACCCCAACUACUUGGCGCGCAGGGCACUGGACGAGACCAAUAUCUUUCGGGGUUCUGAGAAGAUGCCGCCAAUGAAAUGGUGUCAGGGCAUUGCCGACAUUGCCGCCGAGCACGCGCGACAGAUGGCUCGAGGCGACAUGCCCUUUAGCCACGAUGGCUUUGAAGAUCGCGUGCGUCGUUACCCCAUUCCGCACAUGAGUGCAGCAGAGACCCUUGGAGGCACAGACAACAAGUAUAGGCAGAUGACCCAUGAGGACGGUCAGGUUUGGGGAUGAGCAAAUGCCUUUGCAAUGUUUCACUCAGUUUCCAUGUUUCCGCUUGUUUGGCGGGAGCACCUGAACCCGCAAUCCUUCGAGCAUGGCAAGUUCGGUGGCUGGACCACUGGGGCUCAAGAAAGGCUGAGAACAAGCUAAAAAAGCAUAACCA